AUGAUCUCCAUCUUUACCAUCAGCAUGAGCAUUACCAUGGCCAUUACCAUUGCCAUUACCAUUAACCUACUCCCCAACCAAAAAGCCCCCCUCCUCCCUUCUUUGGCCCGCAACACAAGCACCAAAACCCCAAACGAGUCUCACACACUAAACUUAGCAUGGGGGUAUACGAAAAAAAAAGAGAAGAAGAAUGAGAAGAAGAAUCAAAGCAAGAACACCAAAACCAAGGCAGACAUGGGAAAAACAAAACAUGUAAUACCAGGCCGGGGCCGGGAAGACAAUGGGGGGGAAUCAAGUGUAUUCAUUUCAUUAACCCAGUACCAAGUCCACAGACUCAUCAGACUCAGACUCAGCACCAGCACCAGCACCAGCACCAGCACACGAACAUAA